CUUUGCAAUUCAGCGUUAUCAAUAUUGAUGUGGAACAUUAAAAUAUUCAAGUUUUAGAUUAUCAAAUUAUUAGCUAUAAUGGUUUACGCAAAAACAUUCGAAGACUUUGAAGUUGCAGCAGAAGCAAUGCUUCUUGAUAAUCCAGAAAAAUGUCGCUACAGUAUGAAGUAUUCACAUAGUAAAAAGGCGCUCGUUCUUAAAGUCACAAACAAUGAAAAAUGUGUCCAAUAUAAAACAGAGAACCAGCCAGAUCUUAAAAAGAUUGAGAAGUUCACCGGCAAUGUAAUGAAUCAUAUUACAAAUAAGGAUUAAUUAAGCCUGAAAUAAAUAUUUUUUAUUGUUUCAUAAACUUCACCCAUCUUUUAUUUACUGUGGUCAUGUAGAUCUUAUUUAAAUUUCAGAAUCUUUAGUACUUUAUUAAUUAAACUGAAGAUAUUAUUACAGGUUUAAAUAAACUUCGAUUAAUGGUACCUAAAUGACUUUGUAAAUAAGGAGUUCCUACUUAAGAAAUAAAAUUAUUUUACAGCUUUUCACAAUACAUAGUUAUUUGUUCAGACCAAUUUCAGACUACCGACACAAAUCUGUCUGUCUUAA